CUGAGGCUUAACUCAUAGAGGCGAGUUGUUGCACCUUAGUUCAUUCAGUGAGACUUGUUCAUUGAGCAAGCUUCAUCCUAAACCCGUUACGAUCGUGGGCUCUGUUAAAAUCUCCAGUUCCGACAGAACUAAGAACAGUUAAGUAAAAACAGUUAAAGCGACUAUUUAUCCUUAUAAAACAUCGGACACCACCCGAAGAUUUCUAUGGCUUUCAAACCAGAACAAGAAGUACAACCAGAGAAUAUUGAGAUGAUAGGAUGUCCUGUGCAGGAAAGUAGCUGUGUGAAAACCAGGCCAUGGCCCAGCUCUGACAAACAGUCACACAACCACCCCGGAGCAGCUGACACCAUGGGAAUAAACUCGAAACCUGUCUUUGCUCAUGAUGAAGGCCUGACUGUUUGUGAGAUGACGGAGGAUGCGGAGGGGGUGGAAGAAGGAAAGAUGGAGAAGAAAGCAGAGGAGAAGGUGGCUGAGGCAAAAUUGGGGGUUUUGUGCAGCCCUGAGGGUAUGCCUCGGUCAUGCUUGUCACAGGAAGCUGAGCCCCAAUCUCCAACCAUGGCUGAACACAAGCCCCGCCCUGACGGCUCCACUGCUGAAGGUCACAUAAAGGUCACUGACAGGAUAGCGGGACAGAAGAAGGUGUUCCGGAAGAGGCAGAAGGCAAAGCCCAAAAUGCAGACGGCGGAGGCGGCCGGGACGGAAGGUGGCCCCCAAAACACUCGGGCCCCAUUUCGUCUUCAGGACUUCAUGUGCUCCAAAAUUUCUAAAUGUUACACAGUCCUGCUCCUACUUGAUUUAUUGGCAUUUCCCGUGAACAGCAAUGAGACUCCCAAGAAAAGAAUGUGUGCAGUUUGCUUGGAAAAGGACUGCGCAACUGGUGUGAGAAUAAUCUACCUAGCAGGCAGCGACACACUAGUUUGGUCGAAAGCAAGCUCCCCAACUGGAAUCCAAAACUGCUCCAUGGAGAAUCUAAAGCCAGAUGCUCCCUGUAAGAUGGCUAAUGGUAGCCUCGUCCAACUGGCUAACGAGACGCUUCAUUUUGAAGGGAUGAACGCUCACACGUUCAAGUCACAGAUUUCGCCCUGCGCGGACCUUAAUCUGCCUCCCAGUUCCACGCUUUCCCCCAGUUGCGCUGGAAUACCGCACUUGGCCCCAAUGACCAAAGCUCCCAUCCGCAACACGUCCCCUCCUGCAGCUACGAACAAUUCAGGCAGCGGCAUCGGCAUCGGCGGCGGCAUCGGCAUCUUCAUCAUCGGCAUCGUCAUCGGCAUCGGCAUCGGCAUCGGCAUCGGAUUUUUGAUUGGGAAGCGUAACAGCUGUGGACAAGGACAGGACGGGGACCAUCGUCAUGGGAACAACGGGGUGCCUCCUCCUGAUGCUGAGGAUCGUGAUGAGAUCACCAUCGAGAUACAGCCUCUUAAUGCAGAAGUUGCAAACGGAAACGUUAACGAGGGUCCAUUGAGAGGAUGACAGCGUUGGGACUGCAGGAUAACUAAAAUCUCGGCCCUCACCCCUGCCCGCUUCCUCUUCCUGGUUGAUUCUCCUGCCUGGUCUGCCUCCCCCUGGCGGCGGGAAAUGCAGACACCGAGCUACCCCUGCAUUCCAAAGAAAAGAAGAAGAACAGUUUAGUAGUUUUAAAAUGUCUGCGUGCCCUGUGUAAAACUGUAUUUUGAUAAAAAUAUAUCACAUGUAUAACAAUGCACUAAUAUAAUCAAUAUGUAAUCCAAUAAACCUAUAUCAGUAGUUGCAGCUAAGCUUAUGGAAACGCAAGAAACCACAGUGUACACUGUAGAAAAAAGCAAACGCAGAAGGCUUAAACAAAAACCAUACUUACUCAGCAGAAAACUAACACUACUUUAUUGCCAAAUAAAGAUGCUAGAAGACAAUCGAGGUUCAAUUCGGCUGAAUUGAUCCGGCUUAGUGCACCUGUGCAAAUAAAGUCUAACCUUUCUGAAGAGCUUGCUGCUGUGGUGUCUUUUCCCUCCUGAAAUUGUUUUCUACAGAUUGGCGUUGAAGUCUGUCGGUUCCUAGACACGACAGCGCUAGUUGUUAUUUAUUUUCGUUGCAAUCUUCUUGUAAUUUCCGUCAUAACAAUCAAACAAACAAACAUGUUACAUUUUGAAGUGCAAGUGGUUGCGUUUUUAUGUUAUUCGUUUUCUCAAUGCAUUUACAAUGUGGGUCCAGGUUUUUCCUCUGUAUGCCAUUUUUUCGGUUGAGAGAUAGGUGCGCGUGAACGCAGAUCUGUAACGUAAUUCGAACGCCGCCCAGAAAGCAGUCGUCGAUGCUGCUUUCCGUUCCCACUGGAGAAAUGUGGUAGUCGAGGUGCCUCGAAAACACCGGAAGAGGCAUUUUCAAUGUGGUGUUUUAAAAGCCGUCGCAACAUGUUCACACAGACAUAAGUGCGAUAUCAAAGCCGUCUCGAAAACUGCUUUUUUCUUCUGUGUGAAAGGGGUAUAGGAACAGCUAAGCCUGGAUUUUAAUAAACAGACUUCUUCACACUGAA